UUAUUUUGGACUAAUUGAAAUACUAAAAAAGGAAAUGUUAAAAGUCCAAUUGUUUAAGUCACAUAUUGGUAUAUAAUAAAUUUUUUAAGAAAUAUUCCUGUAUAUAUAGUGACAUCUACAAAUUUAUUAGAAGAAGUGUCAGGAACUGCGAAUCAUUGAGGACAAAAUGUAACACUUCAGGUGUAAAAUUAUAUCAAUAAAUAUUGGUAAUUAAUAUACUUAAGGAGUAAAUAAUUCAAUAUUGCGAUAUUAGCGCCUUUGAUUUUCUGUAUUAUCGACCGAACAACAAACAGUUGAAAACAUGUCAUGGCUGAUCUUGUGAUUCAUAACAAUGUGUUAAUUUAUUUUUCUUAUUCUAAUAAAAUAUGAAAAAUACACAUUCAGGAUUACAAAUGGAUCCUGUUUCUACCUUGAAACGUAAUCAGUCCAUCACACUCCGUAGCACACGUAGAAUUUACAAAAAAUGGGGAAUAAAGUAUCAUGCAGCAGUAAGAGAUGCUGUUUUUAUGAUGCAUUCAAUGCCACUUGUACCCUUAAAACCACCAGCAUCUUUAAAAUGUGAUAAUGAAGAGUCUGAUUUAGUAUAUGUAUGUCAACAAUGCAGAGAUUGCUUUUGGUUUAAAAGCAGCUUUGAAGAUCAUAGUCAGCGACACAGUUGGAUUUUAGGAUUUUGGUGUCAGAAAUGUUUCUUAACAGUAUGUACACAUGUACCUAAUAGUAACUCACCAUGUGAUCUGUGUGUAAAUAUUGAGCGUGAUAAGCGGUCAUAUAUGAGAAAGAAAGGUAUCCAUAAACAUCAAAAAAUGGGGACUAUUAGAGUCUUUUAUAAUCAAUGUCAAUUUUUUGCACAUCUAAGAUUGCAUAAUAUGUCUUUAGUCAAUAUAUGUGAUAUUAUGUUAAUGCCAUUACCAAAUAUGGAGAUUGAUUGGACACCUAAAUUGGAUACAGCUUGUGAAGCACUUUUGGAAUAUUGUUUCAUGAAAAGAGUACAUAUCAUGGAUUGGUUUCGAGCCAAAAAUGUAGAUCAUAAUUGGUGGCAAAUAGUUGAAAGUAACAUCGAAGAUAAUGAUAAUCCUAUUACAAAAAUUUUAAAAACCUAUAAUGGAAGUAAUUUAUUUAAUUCAGAUAUAGCAAAAGUAGAUGCUGAUUUGAUUCCUUUGGCCGCAAUGUACAGAACUAGUUCAAAAUCCUCUACUGUUGGACUUACUAAAAUAGCAUUAGAAAAGAAUGAGAAAGAUUACAAUAAAAAUAUUAAAAAUAUAAGUAGUGUUACCACAGGUAGUAGUGUGCCCAAUCAGGAUACUGAUGAAGAUGAAGAUAAUCCUUGCUCUCCUACUGAUAUUACCUUUGUAGAUUGUGAUUCUACUUACAAUACAUAUGGUCCAUUUGCAGAUUAUUCUUCACGCAAUAGUAAAAUGACCAAUUCGAAAUAUAUGCAAUAUAUAAAAAACAAUACACAAUCAACAGUAAACAAAAAACAAAGUAAGAAAAAAAAAUUAAAGAAAGAAGUUGUAAAUUAUAUUACUUCCGUUUCAUGCUCACCUAAUAGAUCAUCUAACUUCAUCAGUACAAAAGAAUUUUCCAAUCAAAAUUUGGAGAAAGAUAUUAGUUAUAUGCAAAAAGAUCUUGCACAUAAAUGUAGUGGUAAUGCAAAAUUAUCCACUGUUGCAAUCAAUACACAAAAUGGUUCUGUAGACAAUAUAAUUAAGAAAUCAAUUAGCAAGAAUGCAAAUUUGCUGCCUAAUUUAUCACAUAAAGGAAUAAUGAAUCAGGAAUAUCAGAAACAAAACUAUCUGUCAGUUUUAAAAAAUGAUUCAAAUUUACUAACAUUCCAAGGUACAGACUCUGUGAAAAUGAAUGGACUCAUUGCUCAAAUUCCAUCUCAUCUUCGUGCUAAUAAUAAAAUAUUAUUUAUUGGUCAAGAUAUGGAUGGAGUAAACAACAAAGCCAAUCAUGCAAUACUUGAUGCAAAAUUUCGUGAAAAAGACAUAAAAACUAUGUCUACCAAAUUAAAAUCUUUACAUAUGUGUAAUAAUGCAAUAUCUGAGGACAAUAAGAAUACUAGUAAUUUAAGCAAAAUUGCAAUUGAGUCUAAUAAAACAAAAAUUCAUCAAAUUCCUCUUGAAAGUAAAAUUAUGUAUCGAAAUGGCAGUAGAUAUGUUAUUGCACAUACAUCAAAUUUUCAAUCAAGCACACCUACAUCACCUGAUUCAUCAAAUAAUAUGCAAAUUGUACGAUACAAUACAAAAAAUCAAAACGGAGUAACGAAAUUAACUUCAGUUGAAAAUACAUAUCUUAACUUAUCCGAAACAAAUGUUUCUUUACCUACACCAUCACCAUCUUCAUCAGAAUUAUCAAAUAGUUCAAGUUGUGAAGCUCAAAGGAAACAAAACUUAUCUAUUGCUUGUACACAAAAAGGUUUAGAGACAUCCAGAAAUUAUUUGAAACCGAAAUUUAAACAUUCUAUAUUGGAUUUAUUGAAUGAUGAUGUAUUGUGUGAAACAUUAUCGUUUCGUAGAGCCGAAAAUGCAGAAAUAUAUUUGAAUAUAAAACGAACCAAAAGUAGUACCAAACAGCUGAACGUAGUUACAACUGUAACAAUACCAAAUUGUAGACAAGACAUGUUGAAUGAAUUUCGACAAUUGAAUUCCCCUGAAAUAAAGGAACGCAUUUUGCACUUGCAAAACGUUCGUACAGAAAUUUUGAAAGUUAUGAAUUUUGCAGGCGAUAGAGACAUCGAAAAUACAUUAAAAUCAAUUAAAAACUUACAAAAAGCAUUAGAGGAUGUUCUUGAAUCAUGCAACCAUGAAUCUGAAGAUAUGAAGGAUGUUUGGAAUGAUCAAGAAGUAUUAUUGAAUGAGUGGGAAUCAGAAUGUCAGUUAUCUGGUAAUGAAUUGAGAUGCGCCACGUGCAGUAAAAUCAUGAAACCCAAAACUUAUAUUCCGGGAUUUUCCAAACCAGCAGAAAAUGAUACUAUAUAUUGCUCAUGUUAUAAACAUUUUUGUCAAGAAUGUCGUAGUUAUCAGGGUAACGUUACUCGAUUCUUAACACAUCAGAAUUUUCAUGAAGAAGAAAAGCCCUAUGCAUGUCCUGAUUGCUUUCGAAGAUUUCCUUCUUUUAGAUUACUUGAAGGACAUACAUGGUCUUUUUGUUUUCAUAUGUUGAAAAAACGUGUUUUUUGUUGUAAAAUAUGUCAGAUAGAUGGUUUUCAGGAUACGGAAUCUAUAGCAAGGCAUUUUGCUAUUAUGCAUAGUACUAAAAAAAUAGCAUGCGAGACUUGUUAUAUGGUAUUAGAUACGUACAGUGAAUAUAAAAGACAUCGCGACAAAAUGCAUUCGACUGUGCUUAAAUUUGAACCUAUAAGACUGAUGAUUUGCAAACUAGGGCAAUGUAUUAAUCGGUACGAGAAGUAUAUGAUGCACUUAGAGAAACACUAUGGUGUACGUAAAAUAACAUGGUUGAAAUGUCCUUUUUGUUCAUACUAUAAUCUCGAAAGCAAACAGUUUUUAAUUCAAUUUAAAAUACAUUUUCAAAUAGUACAUCUCAAUCGUUUAGUAGAAAUUAUUAAACCAGAAACAUUGAAAGAUAUUUUACCGACUAGUCUUUCCGAAUGUUUAUUUAAAGAAAAAGAAUCAUUAAUUUAUGACAAUGAAAGAUUCAAAAAACAAAAACAUAUUGAUGAAAAAGAACGUUUAGGUCCAAUCGUACCUAAAAUAUUAAACACGCGAACUAUACCAUCAGAAGAUUUUGAUCGAGUUUCAGAGAAUAUUGAAAGUAUUACAAGGAAUAACAAAAGUUUACAUUCGAUACAAUCAACAAUAAAAAAUGGAGUGGAAGAUAAUGUUAGAUCAGAAAAUAUAGGUUCUUCAAUACUUGAAGCAAAAAUUAAUAAAGAAGAUAAUCUACCGAAAAUUUUAGAUGUAAUAUCAAUAAAUGAUGUCUUAUUAAAAGAUCAGAAAUGUUCAUCAAAUAUUGCUGACGUUGAAGAAAUUACUAUAAACAUUAAGGAAAUACAAUCAAAUGCUGAUAAGAUAAAGAAACUUAGAUCUGUAAUAAAUGAUAAAUCAGAGGAAACAUGUAAUUCUCCGAAAGAAAAUAUAAAAAAUGAUGCAAAAUGUACAGAAAGUGAUAAUGUUACUCCGGAAAAUAACGGAGAAGUUCAAAAUAUUAUCACCAAAUUAAAACAAUCAAAUACGACGAUAACGGAAAUUUUGAAACCUACUAUUAAGGACUCAAAGGUACCUGCGAACGUUAGCAGGACAUCUGGUUCAUUGGAAACUAAUUUAACAGUUAGUAACUGUAAUAAUAUGCCUAAUGAAAUAGAAACAUGCGAUAACAUAAAUUCAACGAGUAUAACGAAGUCAGAACAAGUGACUGCUCUUUCAUCAAGCAACGAUUCCAUUAAUUCAGAAAAUACACAGAAGAUACCAAAGCCGCCACCUUUAAUCCGUAUUCCUGAGUAUAUUUUAGAGAGUAGAAAUCAUCAGGAAGUAAAGAAAAUUAAAAAAAAAAAACGUACAAUUUCAGGAAAUCGUAAAACAAAUAUCAAGCGACUAUGUCGAAUAGCUUUAAAUGGUCCAACUAAUUCAAAAGAUGUGCAUCAAGAUUAUUUAUGUCAUUUGUGUGGUGAACUGAUAAAUACUGCUUGGCCUAUCAUAAGUACUCACUUCAAUAAAAGGCAUUCGGACGAGUGUAAAUUAUCAAUUGUAACACCGCGAUUAUUAAGAAUAACUCCUGAAUUUAUUAAUGGUGGUUAUAAAGAAUUGUUUAGUAAUAAAAAGCGUAAAUCGGACGGAACAGUACCGAAAGAACAGAGCUCGAAAAAAAAGAGAAAAUGGAGUACAAAAAAGCAUACAGAUUCAAAUAAUUCAUAUGGUGAGGGAUUAUAUGUGGAACAAGAAUCUGUGGAAGAUGGGAAGGGUAAUUUCAUAUGUCGGAGAUGCGAUCAACGAUGUGCGAAUAUGUCAGAUCUAAGGAAACAUAUAGCUUCCAAUCAUAGAAUCAAAGGUCGAUAUUUGGUAUGCUUGGAAUGUGGUGAAAACUUCGUUGUUGCGCCAAGUUUACAAAUGCAUUUGAAAGCUUUUCAUGGAAUAGAAGAUCCUAUUUCAUACAUGAAUCAAAAUUCAUCUUAUGCACCAGAUAAUAUUAAUGAUCUUGAAAAUGAAACAAAGGCAAUGAUAGCCAAUCAAUGUUACGUAUGCAUGGCUGUAUUUGAAGAUAAAGCUGCUGUUGAUAAACAUCUCAGAGUACAUGGUAUGGCAUUUCUUAAUCGCAAAAGAAUAGAAGCUCAAAAUGCUUUAAAGAGUUCAGAUAAAAAUAUAAAAGUCAAUGAUGAUAAGCAAAGCUUUCAAAAAGAAAGUACAAAAGCACCUAUUAAACGGGACAAUCCAUCAAAUACUAUUCUUGAAAAAAUUAAUGCUACGAUAUUAGAGGAAGCGCAAUGAUUAAAGGCAGAAGUUCUUGUAAAAUAAUACGUAUUUUUUAUUUCGAUUAUAUACAUAAGUUUAUCAUUGUAGAUAAUUUAUUGUACAUUCUUUAAAAUUACCUAACAUGUGAGAUGGGGAUAUGUACAAAUUUCAAAAUUGUCGACUCAAUACGAGUUUAUACAUGUACAUUUUUUAACUACUAGUAUGUUUUCAAACAUUUAGAGGUUCAUUGUAAAAUAUGAUUUAUUAGAUAUCACUUGUUAUGUUAAUGUAAUUAGAUAUAGAUCUUAAUAUCUUUAGAUAUUAAAAAUAUGUCAGUAAAUUCAGUCUGAUUAAAUUUUUUACUUUGAUGUAAUUAAUUUAAUAUAAUUUAUCAAAUGAAAUUUUAUUUUCAAGAAAAAAAGACAUUAUCAAUUAAAAGUAGAUUAGUAUGUGAGACUGUUUAAAACGAAUCUUAUAACAUUUCUAUUUGUGUUAUAUUUUACGACAAUUACAAAUUUCUAUAAAAUUUAAUUUUCUGAUUUUGGGUAAUAAAUAUAUGCACGUUUAUUUGAUUAGCAUUUGUUUGACAUAGUAGUCAAAUAAAUUGUUAAUAUUAUUGUAGAGUGAUAUUUGAAUUAUUGUCUUCCCUCGAAUUAUAAUUUAAAAUAUGAUAUCUAUGUCUCUUUCUCUCUUUACAUAUAAAUAUAUGUAUAUGUAUGUAUACGUCCAUAUACAUGUUUAUAUUUGAUAAUUCAAGGUGCUAUUAUAUAACAUUUAAGAGAGUUCGUGAUUUUUUUUACGUCGCCUAAUUACAUUUAUUUUUUAAUUAAUCUUCUUAAUUAAUUUUCAAAGCAAUAAAGGUUAUUGGAUAUAAUGGAACAGUCAGGAAUUAAUUUAUCUAUUCGCAAAUUUGAACGCUUGCUUUUUUGUCCUUAAGGAAUAAACUAUUUAAAUAAUUGCAAUAUUUCAAGAAAAUUUAUUGUGUAUCUAUAUUAGAUAAGAAUAUAAUAGACUGAUAAUAAAUUAACAUUGUUUAAUAAUUAUUUAUACGUAACGAAAUGGGAGAACCUUCUUUAUACUAUCUGUUACAAUAAUUUUAUACUUCAUUUCAUGUUGACUGACAUUUAAUUACAUAUAUUGGAAAUCACGAAUUGUUAUUUACAUAAAUGUGCGCUUUGGCCGUAUGAAAUUUACUAGUCAUGUAUUGAAGGAAGCAUUGUCAUCCCUAAUAAAUAAAUUAUAUAAGUCAUAAUUUUUAUUGAGAA